AUGACUCAAUUGCUGCCGCGCCUUUUCCUCCCCCGCUCUUUUCUUUCCCCUCCAUCCAUUCAAUUCAGGACUUUCACCUGCUCGACCGCGCUCCAGAAGAAGUCCAAUCGCAACCCCAAGAUGGCGACUGUCACUACCAAGACUGGCCAGGCUGUCGACCGCCUGGUCCUCGACUCAAUGCUCCGCCGCCGCAUGUUCUACACCCCCUCCUUCGAAAUCUAUGGUGGCGUGUCUGGUCUGUACGACUAUGGCCCACCCGGCACCGCUCUGGUCGCCAACAUGACCGACUUGUGGCGCAAACACUUCGUGCUGGAGGAGGAUAUGCUUGAGGUCGAUUGCACCAUGCUCACCCCCCACGAGAUCCUGAAGACCAGUGGGCACGUGGAUAAGUUCGCCGACUGGAUGUGCAAGGACCCCAAAACUGGCGAGAUCUUCCGCGCCGAUCACUUGGUUGAGGAAGUUCUGGAGAACCGCCUGAAGGGUGACAAGGAGGCUCGUGGGCAGAAGGUCGAGGUUGACGCCGAGAAGGAGGCCAAGAAGAAGAAGAAGUCCAAGGAGACCAAGGCCGUCAAGCUGGACGAUGCCGUCGUCAAGGAGUAUGAAGAGACUCUGGCUCAGAUUGAUAACUUCGGCGGCCCUGAGCUUGAGAAGAUCAUCGAGAAGUACGAUAUCCGCAACCCCGCUACCGAUGGCAAGGUCCUGCCCCCCGUCUCCUUCAACCUCAUGUUCCAGACCUCGAUCGGUCCCAGCAGCAACAUGCCUGGCUACCUGCGACCUGAGACUGCCCAGGGCCAAUUCCUGAACUUCCAGAAGUUGCUCGAGUUCAACCAGCAGAGCAUGCCCUUCGCCUCUGCCUCCAUUGGAAAGUCCUUCCGUAAUGAGAUUUCCCCGCGUGCCGGUCUGCUUCGUGUGCGUGAGUUCCUGAUGGCUGAGAUUGAGCACUACGUCGACCCGGAGGGUGGUAAGAAGCACCCCCGCUUUGUCGAGGUCAAGGACAUCGAGAUGUCCCUGCUUGACCGCAAUGUGCAGCUGUCCGGCAGCACCAAGGUCACCAAGAUGACCAUCGGCAAGGCUGUUGAGACUGGUCUCGUGGAUAACGAGACCUUGGGUUACUUCCUGGCCCGUAUCCAGCUCUUCCUUCUCAAGCUAGGCAUCGACUUCAACAAGCUGCGUUUCCGCCAGCACAUGGCCAACGAGAUGGCCCACUAUGCCGCCGACUGCUGGGAUGCGGAGUUGCAGACCAGCUAUGGUUGGAUUGAGUGUGUUGGUUGUGCUGACCGCAGUGCUUACGAUCUCACUGUGCACAAGAACAAGACCGGUGCGCCUCUUGUUGUUCGCGAGACCCGCUCUGAGCCUCUGCGCAUUGAGGAGUGGCAGAUCGACCUUGACAAGAAGAAGUUCGGCCCCCGCUUUAAGAAAGACAGCAAGACCGUCGAGGCCGCCGUUGAGGCUUUGUCCCAGGAUCUGCGCGAAAAGCUCUCUCUGGAUCUGGAGCAGCAGGGCAAGAUCGAGAUUGACGUUGAGGGUGUUGGCUCCGGCAAGGUUGAGUUAGAGAAGGACAUCAUCCAGAUUGAGAAGCGUACUCGUGUUGAGAACGUUCGCGAAUACACUCCCAACGUUAUUGAGCCUUCCUUCGGUAUCGGUCGUAUUAUGUACAGCAUGAUCGAGCACGUCUACUGGUCUCGUGCUGGCGACGAGGCCCGUGGUGUUCUAUCUUUCCCCCCGGCCAUUGCUCCCACCAAGGUCCUGCUGGUUCCUCUCUCCACCAACCCUGCUUUCAAGCCUCUGACUCAGAGCCUGAGCUCGAAGUUGCGCCGUCUCGGUGUUUCUAGCCGCGUGGAUGAUUCAUCUGCCAGUAUUGGCAAGCGUUAUGCCCGUAACGAUGAGCUGGGCACUCCUUUCGGUAUUACCGUCGACUUCCAGUCCGUUAAGGACAACACUUUCACCCUGCGCGACCGUGACACCACCAAGCAGGUGCGUGCCAGCGAGGACGAGAUUUUGCAGGCUCUUAAGUCGCUUGCCGAGGGCGACGAAACCUGGGAAGAUGUGGCCAAGCGACUGCCCGAGUUCACUGGCCAGGAGGACCCGACAGAACCAUGGCGCCCACAAUAUAUUCCGCCAAACUCACUCUCUCCUGUCCUCUAUUUGCGGCCGAUUUUGAUCCGCGCGACAAUAGGCGUCUGCUCGUCGGCGGUGGAGGUGUCCUUGAUUGAUACGUCUUGUCGAGAUGAGAUCACCGAGACCGUCGAACUCAGCUUGUCGCGCGACGAGGAUUCGGUGACGUCGCUCGCCGCGGCGCCGCAGCUUGGCGAUGAAGAUAGCUCGCUGACUACGUUAGCCGGUAUCAACAGCUCCGUUGCGCAGCAGAAAAAGAAUAAUAACCAGCAUAUGCGAUCAUUCCGCUUCGAUGUGCCGAAAAAGAAGCAAGCUUUGACGACGAGCGGUGCCCAAAACGGCGAUGGACAGGACAAAACAAAAAAGAACAAGGACAAGAGAGAAAAACAAGAAGAAGAGGUUACAGCCGGCAAAGCAGAAGCUUUGUCACGCGCAUCGCUAUUCCGUACAAAAGGAGAGUCCGGCGAUACCUACCAACGUGUGCUGAGGCUAUCACCGUGGAAGAAGCUAGGCGCCGAGGCAUCCCAAAACGAAAGCCGAAGUACAAGAGUCGGAGCUAUUGCAACAGGUCUGGCAUCGUCAGGGGAGAUUGUUUUCUUUCAAGUCACAGAAUCUCCCACGGAUUCAGAUGUCAUUGGCCGCAUUCGCCUCGGUAACAACGAGGAGGCGGAGGACGUGGACUUCGUGUCUCUAGAAAACGACCCAGAGGAGGCGAAAGCUGAAUGUGGCCGGUUCCGCGUGGCAUAUACCAACGGUGCAGAUGUCAAUAUCUGUGAAAUCUCGUCCUCAAUUCGCUCCAAUACGGCCCCUGAGGUCCGCUGCGUGUAUACCAUCCCCGUCCCUACCAGCGGCGCCCGUGCGGCCCGCCCAAAGUUCCGUGCUUUACGUUUCAUUUCCCCAAAUGUCUUGCUUCUCCUUCAAAAUGCGCCAGAACGGAGCGGUAGCGAACUCAUCCUCCUCCGAUUACCCGCCGCCAAGCAUGCCCAGGCUACAAUCGUGCGUCGACGCAAGCUGCCCAGGAGUACUAAGAUCGGCCUUGGGCUCGAUAUAUGUGCACUUGGCACCAAUCCAGCUGGCCAGGAACAGACUGUAAUUGCUGCGAGCGGCAGUGAUCACUCUAUUGCGCUUUGGACGCUGGAAUAUGGACCCAACAAGGGCUACGGUGCUAUUCGGCCGUAUACCACCCUCCGCGACGUGCACCCAUUUUCUAUGACAAAACUUGUCUUCUCACCGUUCAAUGCACCACUGCACCCCAUCACUCCCGAUGUACCACCGCAAAAAGUGAAGCUGGCUUCCAUCAGCAUGGGCAAUACCGUCGUCGUCCACACCCUCCCGCUCUCACCCUUCCCUGCCUCCUCCCGGACGCCCCGCUAUGUCCUCAGUCUUCCUGGACCGGCUGAGUUAUGGGAGGGCAUUUACUAUGCUCUUGUCUUGUUCGGAUCUUUCAUUGCUAUUACAUUUGCCAUGCUUGCAUUUGCCGAGAUCCGUGGUGGAACACCGCCUUUCCUCGGCGCUGCAGAAUGGCUUCCUCCCGCGAUUCGCAAUACAAUUGCGAAUGAAUACAUCCCGCCUUCACCCGGCCAGGGCUCUUAUAUUGAUUACAUCCUCUCCCCUAAGAGUCGGUCCGGUAUCCCAAUUGCACAGACUUCCACUGAAGAAGCCCAAAUCGAAAGCCUCAAAGAGAUUCUUGACCGGGUUCACAGUGCUGGGGCAGCACCUGCAGAUAUCGAGACUGUCAGCCCGCAUGCUCUUUCUGUUAUCGUGCGCUGCAAUGAGCAUGGCCAAACUGCCGAGCAGAGUGUUCUGAUCGAAACUUUUUAUUCCCAUCAUACUAGUGAAGACGAUUCUUCUGAAGCAGACAAACUCCGUGCCUGGAAAGAUCUCAGCGGCGCAGACCAGGCUGCUUGGAAACAGCGACUCACUGAUGCUGGCCGCUGGGCUGCUGGCGAGGGUGAGACUGUACUACAAGGCGUGCUUUUUAGUGAGGCUUGUGGGCAGCUGCGGCAGUUUGUCAGAGAGGGGUUGCCUUGA